UCAGAGUGUGUGCAUUCCUUUUUGCUCCCUCCCUUUAAAAUCCUAUUUAUAGAAGGCCUACUUUCAGCUUUGGACUGAAACCUGUUUGACAGCAGUUUAAAGUGUGCUGUGUGAACUGAGAGCUAUCUCCUUAAUUGCCUUUGCGUGACUUAUGCUAUUGCAAGACCUACCUCUUACCCUCAAAGGUGCAUCCUUUCAGACACACUUUAAGGUCCAAAAUUUUACCAAAAAGUCCACGCUGUCAGCAAAACAUUUAUGUUUACCUCAGCACUCAACUUGCCUGACCGGCAUGUGCAGUACAGGCCUUAUCACAUGUAAAUCUGGGGAUUCCUUACUUCCCCCUACUGACUAUAUCCUCUUCCAACUUGACAUAUAUAAGUGUGCUGCAGCGUCUUUCAUGAAUCAAUACUCUCUAUAGCCGCACACUUUUUGUAGGUCUGAUUUAAGCCUUGAUUUAUUUCAGGAAAUUAAUAAGAAAACAUGUCAAAGCAAAGCUAUGCCGACUAAAGUCAACCAGGAGGCUGUGAACGGGAGACCUGUGAUCGGUAUUUUGACUCAGCUAGUUUCAGAUGAAGUCAUGAAGCCAUUCGGGAGGACCUACAUUCCUGCCUCCUAUGUGAAAUACAUCGAGUCUGGGGGCAGCAGAGUGAUGCCUAUCAAAUUAACUCAUACAACUGCUGAAUAUGAAGACAUCUUCAGGAAGAUAAAUGGCCUGAUUUUCAUCGGUGGAGCUGUAGAUUUGGAGGCGUCAGACUAUGCCAGGGUGGCCAAGAUUUUUUACAGGCUCGCUCUGACAGCCAACGAUGCCGGAGACUUCUUCCCUAUCUGGGGUACAUGCAUGGGCAUGCAGCUGCUGACUGUGCUGGUGGCCGGAGAAAAUCUCUUGACCAACACCACAGCUGAGAAUAUAGCACUGCCCCUGAACCUAACUGAAGAGGCCCACUCCAGCAGGAUGUUUGAGGGUUUCCCCAGUGAUCUUAUGAAGGCUUUGACCCAAGAACCCCUCACUGGCAAUUUUCACCACUAUGGAGUUACAUUGAAGACCUUCGAGGAAAAUGAGAAGCUGCAGAGUUUCUUCUCCAUUUUGUCGACAAAUGUUGCUGAAAACGAUGCCCGCUUUGUCUCAACUAUUGAAGGUAAGAGAUAUCCCUUCUAUGGAGUGCAGUGGCAUCCAGAAGUGAAUCGCUUUCAGUGGAGCAGCAAGCUGAACUUUCCUCACUCCUUUAACGCUGUCCGGCUGUCGUCUCUCCUGGCUGAGUUUUUUGUCAAUGAAGGAAGGAGAAGUUUACAUCAGUUUGACAAUCCUGAGGAAGAGGCUUCGUCACUGAUUUACAACUACACGCCAGUCUUUGCUGGAAACUUCACAGGAUACGAGCAGAUCUACUUCUUCUGAAAUCCUCUGGCAUCUGACUGUGUGGGUGUGUGUGUGUGACGCAGCUGCACAGGCACACAACGUCUUCUGAGUUUUAAUCAUCUAAAAAUGAUUCAGAAUGCAUUUCAUGACACUUUUGGCACCAGAACUUUUAGUUUUAUCAUUGUAAAUGAACUGUGAAUACUUUAAUGUCAUGUUGCUGUUAUCAAGCUGCUUAUUUGCAUAAAUCAACUUUUAAAAAGGGCUUCUUUCUGUUUUUAAGCCCUUUGUAGUACAACAUCUGGAUUGGUGCUUUCCAAGGCUAACAUUUAGGAAACUAUGGUCAUGUCCUCUUUGUAUGCAUGACCUUACAAUUGACAUGACUGCAGUCUUUAGUUAAC